AUUUUAAUUAUCGUAAUUUCUUGAUAUAUUACGUUUAAUAAAACACUUAGUUUUGUGUAAAUUUAAAUUGGCCAACAUAACGUCAUUGUGAAAUACAUAAGUAAGUUUAUUACCUAUAUCAUAACAUUGGCUUAAAAAUCUACCCUACUCAAUGUUCUUUUUUGUCUCUAUUGAUUAGAUAUUUGCUAUUUGAUACAUUUUUAUUUGCCUCUAAUUAGUUAUUAACUAGAAGUUGUAUUCAUAUAAUAAUUUUGAAAGUAUUUCUAUUGCAGUAUUAGUACAUAAUUGUUUAACCAUACGGUAAAUAUUUUAUCAACUUAAAUUCACUACUCUAUUUGUAAGAACUGUUUAUAGAGAUAUUAAUAAAUAAAUCAUAAUUUUCUAGCGUUAUUUUUUUUUAACUAUAUUAACUAUUAAAUAAAUUAAAUAUUUGUAUGAUUUCUUAUAAAAACAAGAUAACAAUUUUUUGUUACACACACAUAUAUAUAUAUAUAGAUAUUAUAUCUUAGUAAAACCAGUAUAAAUAGUGUUAAUUUAAAUUUAUAAUAUGUUAUAUUGUUAUACUUUUAUGUAUUUAAAAUAUACCAAAAACAUUUAGGAAUAAUAUUAUAUUGAAUACUCAGAUAUUCUAUAGUUAAGUAGGUAUCAAAAAUAUCACAAGAGUACAAGAAUUAUUUCUUAAUUUACACAUUUAUUUUAUGAUUUAUUUAGAAUGAAUAUCGACACAGAAAUGCGUAAUAAUAUGUGAUCAAUUUAUACAGAAUAUAGUUGACGAAGUUUAUUAUUAACAGAUAAACCUAGUAUAUCAAAAUAAGGUAAAUUUAUGUUGUACUAUCUUGCUAUAUCAAUAAAUAUUUGUUUAAAGUUCAAGCAGUAUAUAUUAUAAUAUUAUAAUUAAAAUUCUUUCUAAAUUAUAAUUAUAUGUACAGUGGAUUCCGCUUAAUAUGGGCACCAAGUAAAUGGGCAAAAUGAUCUGGUCUCAAUACAAAUGUAUAUUAACAAGGUUAAAAUAAUUGCAUAAUAAGGGUACCUGAUUCGAUUUAUGUGGGCAAUUUUUUUUUAUCAUAGCGCUGGAAUGUAUACAUAUGUAUUUAAAAACGACUGAUAUAAUUGGGUUCCGUUGUAUUUAUGAGAUUGCGGUUAUCAAAAAUUAUUUUAAUAAAAAGCAUUAACAUUUAAACCUUCAAGGGAUUUUGUUGAUUAAAUAUAUAGAGUUGCAUGUGAGUUCAUGCAAGAGGAUAAUGAAAGUAGUCUGAUAAACUUUAGGCAUGUACCCAUUUUAUGUUGACCAGAUCCAUACUAAACAGCUUUUAAAAAAAAGCAAUUACGUUUUGUACACCUUCCAUAUUCAAAUAGUAAUUUUAUUUAGUAUGUUAUAUUUAGUUUUAUUUAUGCAGUAAUUUAACAUUUUUUUCCAAUUGUAUGGUUCAUGUGUGCAAAAUAAAAAUGUUUGUGUUUUUGAAUAAAUUUCGGUUUUUAUGGGCAGCCGCUUAAUGUGAGCAAACAGAGCUGGUCCCAACGUGCCCGAAUUAAGCAGCAUCCAUGGUAUAUUAAUUUAUUAACUCUUAAGCGAUUAUCCUCAUCAUAAUUUCAUUGGUUUAAAUUAAGAACUUAAAUAAAUAAUUUGCUAAAAGACCUUAAAGGUCAUUAUAUUAAUUUUAUGAAUUAAAUAUUUGGUGUGAAAAUUGUUGUAUUAAAUACCUCCAAUUUGCUAUUUAUCAUUGUCAAUUGUUGUUUAUUUUAAUAUAAUGAAUAUCAAAUAUUUAAUACAUUUAUAUAUUAAUAAGACUUCAUUAUUUACUAUAUAGUGUAGUCUAAAAAAUACAAAUUAUAGCUUAAUUUUAUUUUCAGUUACCAUGACUGUAAUGUCUCAAGAAGAAAUGAUGGUCGGUAUUAAAACUGUAGCCCAAGGUCUAGAAGCCUUGAAAAAUGAGUUAAUAGCAUCUAAUAAUCCAGGGCAAAGUACAAUGCAACCGGAAGAGAAACAAUCAAUGCUUCAAAAAACUUUGGAUAUGACCGAAUUAGGUCUUGGAGAAGCUCAGGUAGGAAAAAGCAUUGUGAAAAAAAUAUACACCAACAUGACUGUCAUUGAUACCAAUGUACAGAACUUAUAUAUAAAAAAAAAAAAAAUUGUCAUCAUCAAGAUUCUAUAUUCAUUAAUUUUUAUUGAUUUAAAAUUAAGAAUAGAAAUGUAAUGCAAAUAAAUUAAUACUGGCUCGUAUUGAGAAAAACUAUGUAAAAUUCCUGUUACUUAAUUUUUUUAUCUGUAUACUGUCAAGAAAAUGCAUGACUGACAAGUCCUUCAAGUAAUUCCAUGUUUUUAUAUCUUGAUUUAUUUCCAUGUGAAUCAAGCAUUUUACCAAUUUACAUGAAUUGUUAUCCUUCAUGAGUUGUUAUUAGUUCAUUAGUGUCUAAGCAAAAUUAUUUUAACCUAUGGAAUGACUUGUCGUUUCUUAUUUAUUCCUAUUUGUUUUAAAAAUAUUUUGCAAAACGGGACAAAGCCCAAGUACAGAAAAACUUACAUGCUAGCUUACUGGUAUUUAAUAUUAUAGAUUUAUAGGUAUGUUGAAAAACCUAAAAAAAAAACCAUUUAACAAUAGUAAUUAUUUUUAUUAUCUGUUCAAAUAAAAAUAUUGUCGGCAAUUUUUUUUUUUAAUAAAAUACAUUUUUUAAAUAAUCAACUUAGGUGAUGUUAGCAUUGGCUUCUCAUCUUCAAAAUGUUGAAGCAGAAAAACAAAAACUUCGAACUCAGGUCCGUAGACUAUGUCAAGAAAAUGCGUGGCUGAGGGAUGAACUAGCAAACACACAGCAAAAAUUACAAGCAUCUGAGCAGGCUGUUGCAUUAUUGGAUGAACAAAAUAAACAUUUAGAAUUUAUGGCAUCUAUCAGUAAAUUUGACGCUGAUAAGGUAUUAAUUAUAUUUUUACUAUAUAAGUAUACUCUUAUACUUAAAUUAUUUUAAUUAUGGUGUGUUAUUUAAAAAAAAAAAAAAUGUGUAUGAAAAAUUUACUAAGACUGAAGAUCAAACUGAAAAUAAACAAGAAAAAUCUAAAAGUGACGAUCCAGUUGUUGAUUUAUUUCCAGAUGAUGAAAAUGAGGAAAGAAAUAGUAAGUUAUGUACCAAAUUUAAUAAUUUAAUACAAUCUUUUCUUAUCUGGACAAUUAAGAAAUAUCAAUAGUCGGUUUAAAAAAAACAAUUUCAUAUUCAAAUUCUUUAAUCCAAAGUGAACACCUUUAUAGAAAUUUAAAUUUAAUAACCUGAUUUAAGGUGGUUGUUACUCUCUCAUCUGUCACCUUACAUUCAAAAAUUAAAAUCUCUACAUAUUAUGUUUAUCAUAUGCAAAAACAUUCUUUUAUUUUAUUCUUUUAUUAUAUAAAAAAAAAAAUAUUCUGAACCAAACCCACAAUAUACAAAAAACUUGAUUUCAUUUCUAAAAAUGUCAAACUUCAUAAAUUUACAUAAACUAAAAUGGAUGUAUUUAUAAUGAAUAAUAAAAAAAAAAUCUGAAUAUAUAUUUAUAAAUACCAGAAAUUGGUCAAUAAUUGCAUUUUUUCUUUAUUUUUUUUAUUAUUACAAAUGUGAUUAUUAUUUAUUAUUAGUAAAUUUGAUUUGAUUUAUAACUAUAAAUUUAACUAAUGUCAACUAUAAUCCUAUUUUAAUAUUAAUAGCAUUAUCACCUACACCACCAUCCCAAUUUGCUCAACAAGUAAAUGCUGGAGCUGGUUAUGAAAUUCCAGCACGUUUACGAACAUUGCAUAAUUUGGUAAUUCAGUAUGCAUCUCAGGGAAGAUAUGAAGUAGCUGUCCCAUUAUGUAAACAAGCUUUGGAAGAUUUAGAAAAAACAUCUGGCCAUGAUCAUCCUGAUGUAGCAACUAUGUUGAAUAUUUUAGCACUUGUAUAUAGGUAACUUUUACAUAUAAAUGUAUCAAACAAUUUAUUUUAUUUAUAUUUAUUUAUAGAGAUCAAAACAAAUAUAAAGAUGCUGCUAAUUUGUUAAAUGAUGCAUUGGCAAUACGUGAAAAAACAUUAGGAGAAAAUCAUCCUGCUGUAAUAUUAUAAUUUUGUUUAAAGGCGCAUUAUUUUCUAACAAUCUAUAAUUUCUUAGGUCGCAGCAACAUUAAAUAACUUAGCUGUUCUUUAUGGAAAACGAGGUAAAUACAAAGAUGCUGAACCAUUGUGUAAACGAGCCUUGGAAAUCAGAGAAGCGGUAUUAGGUAAAGGACAUCCAGAUGUAGCUAAACAAUUGAACAACUUAGCUCUACUUUGCCAAAAUCAAGUAAUUGUUUAUAGUCUUAUACUUUAAUAAACUACGAUUAGAUUUGUGUUUUUUAUUUAGCUAAAAUAUCAAUCAAAUAAUUUAUAAUUUAUUGUAAUUUUAAAUUAGUUUUUAUUGUAUUAAAUUAAUUAAUCUAUAAAUUACUUAUUAGUUUUAAUAAUGAAUUUUAUUUAUUAUUAUUAUUAAUGAAAAUACCAAAUUCAUUAUCUAGUUUAAUAUUUAUAUUAAAAAUAUAGAUGUAUUUUAAAUAUCAAUCAUCUCUAUUUGUUUCAUAGCUUAAAUUUUACUGAUUUGGUACAAAUAAAUAUUAAUAAAUUUAUUGUUUUAAAAGUUAUGACGGAUCACGUUUAUUAUAUUUUAAAGGGCAAGUAUGAAGAAGUAGAACGAUAUUAUCAGCGAGCAUUAGAGAUAUAUGAAAAGAAACUAGGACCUGAUGAUCCAAAUGUAGCUAAAACCAAAAAUAAUUUAGCUUCAUGUUAUUUGAAACAAGGCAAAUAUAAGGAGGCAGAAAUAUUAUACAAACAAGUGUUAACCAGAGCUCAUGAAAGAGAGUUUGGUACAAUUGAUGGUAAGUUAUUUUUUUAUAUAUAUAUGUUGAGGUUUCUAUAAAAUUAAACAAUUAUUACAUUAUUCACUAUACUAUGAACAAAUUUCUUAACUUGUUUCUAAAGUAAAAAAAAACAAUUGAUUACAAAUUUUAACUUGCAUGUAAAUUAUCAACCCUUUAAAGUCUUGAAAAUUGUAAACAAGAGGGUAAACAUAUUGUUUACAUUUUUUUUUAUUAGGUGACGAAAAGGAAUGGGCAUCAAUGGCUAAUAAUAAUAAUUCCAAAGCAUAAAAAUAUACUAUAAACUGUUAAGUUAUAAGAAUGGUUACAGGGUAGAUUAUGUACAUUCCUAUAAUCACAUAUGAUUAUAAGAUCUGAAAUAUAUACAUAUUAAUAUACUUAUAUUAUUUAUGCAUGUAUAAUAAUUAUAAGAUUGUAUUAAGUACAGAGAAUUUUCAUACUAAAUAUAAUAGCUAUUAGUAAAUAUAUAUUAUUAUUUUUUGUAUUUGUGUUUGGCAUUAGAAUAUAAUAUAUUAAACAUUCAAAUUUUAGUUUGCAGUGCAUGGUGCUUAAGUUAUAUUUUGAAAUGUUAAAGUAUAUUUUAGUAUUUUAUAAUAUAUUUUAUUAAUUAUUUUAUGAUAAUAAAUUUUCAUACUGUGUUAUGGCAUUGAAUCUCUUUACCAGUAACCAAAGAUAUUCAAUUUAUUAAGGUAUAAGUAUUUCUUUAUAAAAAAAAAUAUAUUAAUUUUCUAUUAUAUUUAAUUAAAGUAUAAUCAAUAGUAGUUUAUUUUUGCAUAAUUAUUAUUUGUUUAGAAAAUAUAUAAACCAAUAAAUUACAAUCCUUUUCAAUAAAUUCUAAAAUCCAAAAUUUAUAAUUGGGAAAAGUUAUUUAAUUUGAUAAACUACUAAAUGUUACAAAUUCCAAUUAGUUAAUUAAAUAUGAAAUUUAUCUUAAUUUUAAUGUUAAAUAAAAAUAUCUGGAGUUAAGACAAUCUGUUUUAUAGUUUUUUAAUUUUAUCAAAUUGUUUAGAUAAUACAUAUAUAAACAAUUUAAUGCAUGAAUCUCUUAAUGAUUAUUAUAUUGAGUAUUACUAGAUUUUCAUUAAAAGUAAUUGGAAUUACAUCGAAAAAGAAAGAAGCAAAAUAAAAUAUAUAUUUAUAAAAAUAUUUGGAAAUUUUGUAUUUAAAGAACAUGAUAGUGAUUUUGAGGAGUGGACCUAACCUAACCUUAGGUGGUGAAACAACAAUUAAUUUUACAUAAUAAUUAAAAUCAAAAAUAAAAACAUCUAUAAUACCUGAAGCCUUAAGUCAGCAAACAAUAAUUAAUAUUAAAAACACCUUGUUUUUUAUUUCCGAUAGUAUAUAUUAUAGUUUUUCAUAAUAUUUGCCUCACAACUUAUAAGACAUGCGAGCCACCAUUCCUCUGACUUCAAGUUUUUCUAAAAUCGCCAAUUGUGUCUAAUCAUUUUUUCAUUUGUGUUUGUUUUAUGUAUUUUUAAAUAAUAUGUUAUUUACACUAAAGAAAUAACUUAUUUUCACUAAUUUAAAAAUAUGAAAUAAAUAAUAUGGAAAUAAAAUACUAUUGAUUUAUAUCAAACUAUAUAAAUUCUAAAAUGAUGUUUAGUUUUUUGCAUAUUUAUACCGAAAAUAUAGUUGUUAUUAUUUUUAUUAUCAUUUUAUUAUUAUUAUUUUAUUAUUACUAUUAUUAUUAAAUAUCUUGAGGAUUUUAAAAUGUAUUCAUUUUUAUUGUACUUUGUUAAGUUUGCCUAAGAUUAAUUAUUUUUGAAAAUUAUUUGUUUAUUUGAACUAUUUUUAAUUUUGCAUGUUCCUUUGGUUUUUUUUUUUUUUGUUUAUUAUUUGGCAUUCAGCUUUUAUAUUCAAUUUAUUAUGUAUUUCAUAUUUAUAUAGUUAUAAACUUGGGUUAUAAUAAACAAUUUAUAAUUAUUUGUUUUUUUUUUUUUUAUACAUAUAUAUUUUAUGUGCUUUUUUAAAACUUAUUAGAUAAGUGAUUGUAUAAAUAUAUAAUAUGUGAUCCUUAAAAAAAUUAAGAAUAAAUGUACAACAAUAAUAGUUCAUUAUUAAUCGUAUUACAAGAUAUGUACAGAGUUACAUUUUUGAUUUCUCAAAUAUUUGUAAAUCAUACAUUUUUCCAUAAAUGUACAUUAUAAUAGAUUUUCAUUAGUUUUUCUUUAUAUUAUUAUUUAACUUGUGGUUAUUUUUUAAAUUUCUAGUGAGACUAAUUAAAUAAUUCUAAUUCAAUUUGAGAUAACAGUGGUAUCUGCAGAAAAAAUAAUUUUUUUAUCCAUAAUAAUAGGCAUUUAUCUUUUAUUUGAAAUAUAUUUGUAGUUUAUCACAAUUAAUUAAUAACUUAUAUAGUAAAGGCAGAUCUCAGAAAAAUGAACAAUAUUUUUUAAUCAAAAAAUACUCCUUUGGAAUGUCAAUAAAAAUUGACCAAAAGUGUCAGUUAUUUAGAGGUUUUACUGUAUUUUUUUUAUCCUCUCCUAUUAAUGUAUUUUAACUUAAUUCAAUAAACAAUUCUGCAAAUGUCACUAAAUUUAUUUAUUUUUUUUUUUUAAUGGAAAAGGAUUUUUAUGUUACAGGGGAUAAUAAACCUAUAUGGCAGGUGGCUGAAGAAAGAGAAGAAAAUAAAAACAAAAUUCCAGGCACUGCACCAUAUACAGAAUAUGGUGGUUGGCAUAAGGCUGCCAAAGUAGACUCACCAACAGUUACUACUACACUUAAAAAUCUAGGAGCACUCUACAGAAGACAAGGGAAAUAUGAAGCUGCAGAAACUCUUGAAGAUUGUGCUUUACGUUCUAGAAAAGAGGUAUGUAUAAACUAUAAAGAAUAAAAAUCAAAUCAUAUUUUAUUUAAUUCAGGAAUUCGUAAUAUCUCUUGAUAAUUAUAAAUAAUAUUCAUAUAUAUAUUUUUUUUAUUAUUAUUAUUAUGUUAUGUAUUUGUAGGCAUUUGAUAUUGUAAAACAGGCCAAAGUUGCACAAAUUCUUAGUGGAUCAACUAGUAGUGUAAAUAGUAAUGACAGGCGGAAUCGAUCAAGUCGUUUAAUUGGUUCUAGAGAAUCUUUGGAAUACGAUACAAUUUCUACUGGAACAAAAUUAGAUGAGGUUUGUAAAAGUUAUUUUUAUUUUUAAUGUUUGGUAUUUCAAUUCACUCCUAGUUUUGAGAACCGUGGUUAAUGCAUGUCAAAUCUCUACUUUGAUUUAGUUAUUGUUCUUUUUUUUAUUUUUAAAUAUUUACAUUUUGAUUACAUUACAUUAUUAUAGAUUGCAUAUUAUUUUACUAACACAUUUCACAAUUAUAUUUUAAUGCUUUAUAAUAGUAUUUACACAACUCUAUAAAAAAAAAAAAAAAAAACCUACCCUGUAAGUCUUUAGGGUUUUAGAGACUAGUUACUGAGUGAGAAGAGAAAAAAGUUUUAAGAAUGUCGGUUAUAUUUGUUAUGACAGAGCGGGGCUGAGUUGAGCAAACAAGGCGGCCUGAAAACAAAACUAUUCAGUGCUCUAGGGCUGAACAAUUCCUCUUCUGCCUGAUUUAAUGUAUCUGGAGAGAAAUUAUCGAGGCUGUGGCUGUGGGAAAUUUUUACACUAAAAAAAUUAUAUUAUUAUUUUUGUUCAUUAUUUUUUAUUUUAUUUAUUUAUAAUUUUUAACAUCAAAUAUAUUAUUAUUAUUAUUAUUUAUUAUUAUUAUUAUUUUUUAUUAUUAUUAUUAUUAUUUUUUUUUUGUAAUUUGUGUUGAUUUGAUAAUACAAUUUUUAAUUUUUAUUGUAAAAUUUUAAUAGUUAUCAUCUGUUAAAUUAAUGUUGGUGAUCAAUCAAAAAAUACAAAUCAUUUUCAUUUUUAAGUAAAAAUUUAAUAUUAAAUUAUAAUAACCAUUGUAGUAUUGAAUUAUUAAAGUUUAUUUAUUAGUUUUAUUAUUUUACCCUUACUACUCAUACUAAUAAUGUAUUAUAAACUUUUUAAAACUAAGUUUUAUACAUAUUAGUAUGAUUUAAAACAACAUUUAUUUUUAAAUAUAUUUUAUUAAAUAAUUAGCACAUUAUCCUGCACUUAACAAACUCUUUCUGGGAAAAAUUGUUUUUAAAUAUCUUCUUCUGCCUUAUUAUAAAUUAUAUAAGUACAAUAGUAAAUAUUUUAUAUAUUUAUGUAUGUGUGUGUUACAUUAUUUUUAUUAUUUUUUUAUUUUUUUUUGCGAGUUUAUUUCAGCCUAAGUUAUGCAUAUCUAUUUAAAUAGAUAUAGUUUUAUUAACUUUAUGUAACUGUAGGAUAAAAAGACAUAUCAAUGUUCAAAAAAAAAUUGUGUUUAUUUUUACAGAAAUCUGGAACAGAUGGUCAACAGAAGUAGAAUUAAAAUAAAAAUUAUCUACUCGCUAAUCUACCACAUAUACUUAUACUGCUUCGGCAAACAAGUAUUCAUCUCCUAAAAGACAAACACGGAACGGUCCAAUUUUUAUUUUAUUAUUUAUUAAUAUGUGCAAUACAACUAAUAUUUACAUUGCAAAGUAGUUAGUUAGCUAUAAUUAUUUAAAUAGGGUUAUUCCAUGGCUAGUAGUAAAAUAGUUUUAUUCCCAGGAAAUAACUUAUUAAAAUAAUAUGCCUAAAAAAUAAGUCUAGUUUUCGGAUUUAUAUGUAUUUGGAUAUUUUUUUCUUUGCUCUUGUAUGCUGAUUGAAAAAUAUAAAUGUAACACAAAAUACUAUUAUACACCAUAAAAAAAAAAUAUGCAAUAAUAAACAAAUAAUUGUUUUGUUUUAUUGAUGCUUGAAAAUAAAAUAUAUAUAUUUA